GCCAAGCAGCAUCAGAGGAGCAGGAAGGCCGACGUUUCAGGCCUAGACUCUGUGCCUGUUUCUCAUUUCAUCCAUCUUGUUGGACCUGCUGAAUAUUUGCAGCAUUUUCUGCAUUCCUCCCCGUUGCUUCACACGAUGGAGGCGGGGUUGCUGAGUGGUAAAGUGGCCGUGGCCACUGCUUCUAGCCAGGGGAUCGGGCUGGCGAUCGCCCGUCGCCUUGCCCGGUACGGUGCGCAGGUAGUCGUCAGCAGCCGCAAGAAGGCUAAUGUGGAUAGGGCUGUGGAACAGUUGCAGGCGGAGGGUCUCUCUGUUUCUGGCACCGUCUGCCACGUGGGCAAGAGGGAGGACCGUGAGGCACUGGUCAGCGAGACUCUGAAGUGCCACGGAGCCAUUGACAUCCUGGUGUCCAACGCCGCGGUCAACCCUUUUGCAGGGAGGGCCCUUGACUGCUCAGAAGAGGCCUGGGACAAAAUUUUUGAGAUUAACGUGAAAGCAGCUUUCCUCCUGGCCAAGCUGGUUGUGCCACACAUGGAGCAAUGAGGCAGUGGCUCCAUCGUGCUGGUGGGCUCCGCUGCCGGCUACCAGCCCUUCCCUGCCAUCAGACCCUACAGCGUAAGUAAGACAGCUCUGCUGGGCCUAACCAGGGUACUGGCCGAUGAACUGGCCCCUGCCAAUAUCCGUGUCAACUGCCUGGCCCCAGGUAUCAUCAGGACCCAGUUCAGCUCCAACAUAUUGUCAGACAAGACCAUGCGCCAGAAGAUUGUGGCGACAAUGGGUCGGAUCAGUGAGCCAGAGGAGUGCGCCGGCAUUGUCUUCUUUCUCUGUUCGCAGGACGCAGCAUACAUCACUGGGGAGAGCGUUGUGGUAGCUGGAGGCUUUUGUUGCCGGCUUUGAUUAGAUGUUCGGUCUGUGGGAAUGCUUUCCUCAUAUUUCAAUCCAGUUGCCUUCCAGGAAUAUUCAUGCUUCUCUCAUCUUUAUAUGCUUCUGCUGCUCUUAUAAUUGUCUGAAUGCACAUAUGUGCAUUCUUUGUACAUAUACACCACUCCUUCAAUCUCCACUAUCCCCACGUCCCCAACAAUCGUCUGAGAUUCCCCAUUCCUGUUGUUCUGAGCAUUUGAAUUUCCUUAACGUCCUCCAUUGCUAGCUAUGUCUCCAAUUGUCUAAUUUGUGCAAUUUCCUCCCAAGAACUCAUCUCUUGCUCAUCUAUUAAGGUGUUCAUCAAUACCUACUUCUGUGAAUAGCUUAUUCUGAUAUGAACUUGUGGGGUUCAUUAAUUUUGUCUCGUAUUUUCUGCUGUGAAAUGUUGCCUGAGAUUCUACAUUGUUAAAGAUGAGAUAAAUAUAUGUUGUGAUAUGUGAUUCAAGUAUUAAAACAGGAUAGCUGGCACUUAAUUACUCUAUGAAAUGGUUGAACAAUUCGUUCAAAUUUGCAAUCUCUUGGGAGUAUUCUAAAGUAUAGGGAAUUUUGGAAAAUCAUAAAUGCAUAUAUCUCGUUUCCAACCUUCGGAUGCAAAUCAUGAGAUCCUGAGCAUCUUUCAGCUCUAACAUAAACAUCAAACAUAUUCAGCUAAAGUUUUCCACUAUCAUGUAUUAAAAUCUUUCUUUCACUCUGUAGAGAUUGGAGAAGGCGUUGUCUGAGGAGCCUUGUCCAAUAAAGCAUUAUCAUAUUUAAAUGUGUUGUUGUGCAAAGUACAUUGCCUACAAAAUUUUAUUGGUUAAACCUGUUUUGAACAAAUGUUCUAUACAGGAACAAAUUAAGCCUUUUUAUGGUCAAACAAUUAAAUUUGUUAUAAAUUGAGGGAACAAUAAACAGCUCACUUCAAUGUGUUUUACAGUAUUGUGGCCUGAUCAUUCUCCCUCCAAUUCUCAUACAUCAAUUCUCUUACAUCAUCCUUAAG